UACCCAAUACGUAGUCGUAGACUGAAAAACACACAGAAACGUCGUCGUUCCAGUAACAAUGGUUUCAAAGGGAGGUCCAUAUAGAACACACAUCUAAAUUAUCCAUUCGUCUCCGGCACAAGAAAAGCCACAGAGACAGGCAAUGAUGAGCUCUCAUCAAAUACUCCAAUUUCGUUCAGACCCAUUUCUGGUAUCUCACUGUUUCCUUCAUAUUCGUCCUAAAGUCUCUCCAAAGCAUCCCUUUCCCAGUCUCCCAUUCCAAUGGCGUCGCUCUCAUCACCCCAGAGUCAGGAGCUCGGCGAAGACGAAGACUCAGUGCAACCUGAAAGACGAAACCCCGGUGACGGAAACGGCGAAAAGGGUCUAUCCAUUUCACGAAAUUGAGCCCAAGUGGCAACGUUACUGGGAAGACAACCGCACUUUCCGGACACCAGACGACGUCGAUACUUCCAAACCCAAGUUCUACGUCCUCGACAUGUUUCCUUAUCCAAGUGGAGCAGGGUUACAUGUGGGGCAUCCACUGGGUUAUACAGCGACUGAUAUUCUAGCGAGGCUUAGGCGUAUGCAAGGUUACAAUGUUUUGCAUCCUAUGGGUUGGGAUGCUUUUGGUUUGCCUGCUGAACAAUAUGCUAUUGAGACGGGAACACAUCCGAAAACUACAACUUUGAGGAACAUUGAUCGUUUUCGUUUGCAGCUAAAAUCGCUGGGAUUCUCAUAUGACUGGGACCGUGAACUUUCUACAACAGAGCCAGACUAUUAUAAAUGGACACAGUGGAUCUUUCUUCAGCUUUAUAAAAGAGGUUUAGCUUAUCAGGCUGAAGUACCUGUCAAUUGGUGCCCGGCUCUUGGUACUGUUUUGGCCAAUGAGGAAGUCGUGGAUGGUGUUAGUGAGCGUGGUGGCCACCCGGUUAUAAGAAAGGAGUUUCUCUCUCUCCCCAUGAAACAAUUGAUCACACAAAAGAUACCGUACUCUAACAACCUUAUUCUCCUCUUAUACUCAUAA